AUGUCAGAUUUUAUUAAGCAAUGCGUCGCAGCUACUGCACCUCAGCAGUCUGUACCAGACGAAGUAAUUGCAGAUCACGGUGAGAUUCCGUUGACGUUGGAACCUGUGCUUCAGCGUUGUAUUCCAACAAUGCAGAUUCAGAUUGAAGAUUUUGGAGGUAGUUUUCCGCUGCCCGUGUACGGACUGAAGCGCCCGUCAGCAGAUUAUUUCAACUCAUACUUGCUCAUGCAUAACAUUGUGAUUGCCGAUGUAACCAAUGGCAUAAAUUACGUAUUAGUCUACGAUGAGCGAGCCCAGGGAAAGGGAGCAGAUGCAUUGUGUAGUCUACGUCUCAUGUAUCACAUCGUAAAAAGUAUCAGUCUGCAGGGCAAGAUAUUCCUGAAAACACCCACUUUCUACUCCAAGUUCUGGAUAACUGUGUAA